AUGCUGUGCGCGGACUUGAUAGGGUUUCACUUUUUCGAGUACGCGCGGCACUUCCUCGUGACCUGCAAACGCCUCCUCGGGCUCGACCACUCUUUUCGCCGCGGCGGCCUUUUGGCCAUCGACUUCGGCGCCCGCAGCGUCUUCGUCCGCGUCGGCCACGUCCACGUGAUGUUCGCGAAGCUGCAGCAGGCGCUGGCCAGCAGCAGCACGCCCGCGCAGGCAGAACGUAUUAGACAAAGACAUAAAGGAAAAUUCAUCUUCGGCUCCGUCGACCGCUGCGAACCUCUCGCCGGCCUGCAGCUCAAAAUUAGGGCUUUGGACCGUUUUCUCGAGUCUUAUGAAUACGCCAGGGGAAAAAUAGUUCUCAUCCAAUACGCCUACCCCGUGCGGAGUUGGGGGCGUUCGGACGCGGCGGAGCUGGCUGCGCAGCUGCAGCGGCUGGUCGACGCCGUCAACGCCAAGUAUGCAGAUUUCGGGUUUCCGCACAUCGAGUUGGUGGUGAAGGAGGUGGAGUGGGAGGAGCGCUGCAGCCUCUUCAUGGCCGCAGAUUGUCUUCUCGAUACUUGCAUUCGAGAUGGUUUAAACUUAAACCCUUUUGAAUACUUUUGCUGCAGAGAGCAGCAAACCCGAACUGCUGUUAUUCUCUCCGAGUUCACCGGAUGCUCCAGAGCCCUCGCCUCCCCCAUUCGCGUCAACCCCUGGAACUCCCUUUUUGUCUUUUUAGGCUACUACUACAGACUCGACAAAAUCACUGGAGAUGAGUGGGGCUGCAUGUGCCCCGACGCGGACUUCGCCUGGAAGUCCGUGGCCAUGGAGUUGAUGCUGCAGUACGUCAAAAGGACCCAGGGCUCUUUCAUCGAAAACAAAGGAAGUGCCCUGGUAUUUCAGUACAGAGACGCAGACCCCGACUUUGGCCAGCUGCAGGCCAAAGACCUCUCCAGCCACCUGAGCGAACUUCUCUUCGGAUACCCCGUCACAGUGGUCAGCGGCAAAGGCUACGUGGAGGUGAAGCUCUUGGGGGUAAAUAAGGGGCGCGCGGUGGAGCGCAUUUUGCGGACUUUGUCGACUUUGCACGGAGACAUUGACUUCAUUUUCUGCAUUGGAGACGACAGGAGCGACGAAGACAUGUUUGCAGUGGUGAACGUUUGGAACUCAAGCGAGGGCUCUCAAGAAGGCCCCAACGCCUCUUCUGUGAUAAGCCACAAAGGCUAUAUAGAGCAGCGGCCUCCGCCGCAGGCUUUGCCUCGAGGGGGUGGCAUUUCAGCCGACGAGGGGCCCCCCAGCACUGCUGCUGAGGCGGAGGGCCCCUUGGCUGGUUUGUCAAAGGGGCAAAUGAAGGAGCCCUAUGUCUUUACCUGUACAGUGGGGAAGAAGCCGUCUCACGCCAAAUAUUACCUCAUGGACACCGGAGAAGUGUCGGACCUUUUGGGGGCGCUGCGGCUCGUCUCUGAGACGUACGACCAGUUCCACCACAGCCAGUCGCUGGGGCCGCGGGCGUUUGCUGCUUCGACUGAUGGGCAGCAGCAGCAGCAGCAGCAGCAGCAGCAGCAGCUAGAUGAGGAGGAACAAGAAGAAGAUGAAGAACAGGAGGCAAUGCCCGCGCAGCGCCACCAGCACAGUCAGCAGCACCAGCAGCAGCAGCACCUGCGGGAGCUGGAGCAGCAGCGGGAGCUGGAGCAGCAGCAGCAGCAGCAGCAGCAGCAGCAGGCCUUCUGGUCCAGAAGCUCGAAGGCGGGUUUUGGGGUUACCCCUGACUGUACAUACACUUGA